AUGCUCUGCCUAUGGGUUUUCCUGACCCUUAGUGGCCUGGUGCAGCGUACCUUGGGCUCGCCGGGCGACUGGUUGGAUGAAUUCAUCGAUUGCAAGGAGCUGUGCGAGGCAAGUAUUCCUUGCGCGGGCUUCGAAGGCAUUGAGAUUCCGAGCGGUGCUAGCGCUGAGAUUACAUAUUUUACAGAGGCUUCUGCUAUACAGAAAUACUUCCUCUUUUGGGAUUGUAAAUCCAAUUGCGACUACCAAUGCCAACAGGUCGUCACGCAGAUAAGGAUUGCGGAGGGCGAAAAGGUCGUACAGUUCCAUGGGAAGUGGCCCUUCAAAAGGCUCUUUGGCAUGCAGGAGCUGUUCUCUACGCUGUUUAGCGUCGCCAACUUUUUCCCGCAUUACCGAGGCUAUAAGCUGCUGCAAAGGGAGCUAUCGCGCUUACCAGCACGCAAGAGGUCGCGCUUUAUUCUAAAGAAGUACCUUUAUGUUGCCAUUGCCGGCAUGCUUGCAUGGACUUCGAGUUCCAUUUUUCACUUCCGCGACCUUGAAGUAACCGAAAAGCUGGACUACUUUUUUGCUGGGGCUACAGUUUUAAGCGGAUUUCAUGGCAUCCUUAUCCGCAUCUUGCGACUCGAUAAAUCGGACCAAUUCCGCCAUGCGGUUACGGCUGCUGUUUUGCUUAUUUUCUCCCUUCACGUUUUGCGGUUGUACCUUGACUGGUCAUACACCUACAACAUGAGGUUCAAUGUUUUGUUUGGUCUUCUACAAUACAUUUUAUUGCUCACACUGGCUUACAAGAAUUACCGUCAACUAAAAGCAGGAAAGCUACCGCGGAAGUCACAUCACCCCCCUCGUGAAAACCUUUACUUUGAGCUAUGUGUUGUACCCGUAGCACUAGUCGUGGGGACUGCGCUUGCUAUGUCUUGUGAGCUUUUUGACUUUUUUAGCUAUUCUUGGCAAAUUGACUCUCACGCUAUCUGGCACGCAUGCACUGUUUUGCCCUCUUGGAAACUUUACGAUUUCUUCUUGCAUGAUUUCCACUAUUUAGAUGCUUGCGAAGACAGCAGUUCUGACUAG